AUGAGUACUAUUAGAUACGUUAAAGGCAAUAUUUUAAACAAACAAAAGUAUAACCGUAUGAUAAUUCAUUCUUGUAAUUGUGAUGGCUCAUGGGGUGGCGGCAUUGCCUAUCAAUUAGCAUUAAAAUAUCCCAAGGCUGAAAAAAAAUAUAUAGAAAUCUGUGAUAAAUAUGGCUACCAACUAUUAGGUAAGAGUAUGAUAUUAUCGAGUUAUUCUAAUAAUAACUCUACAGAAAGAGUUUUAAUUGCCUGCUUAUUCACUUCUGCAUAUGGUGGUGGAAAUUGUGAUAUUCCAGAAAGUAUAUUAAAAAAGACAGAAAGAAGUUUGAUACAUUUGAACGAAUUAAUUCAAUCUAAUGGUAAUCUAAAGGCAAAAGAUUCUAUGGACAGCGAUAUUUUGGAAUUCUUAAAGGAUAUCGAUGUAGAUAAAAUUAGCUUAAAGGAAUAUAAAUUAGAGAUGCCCAAAAUAAAUAGUGGCAUAUUUGGUGUUCCAUGGGAGAAGACAGAGAGAGUUUUGCAAGAGUUCAAGGAUACUACUAGUUUUACAGUCUAUGAACUGUGA